AGGUCGCCUCUGGCUAUGAAAAAAACACAGCGAAGGAGGAAUUUUAAAAAAAGAAAUCGUCGAGAAAGAGACCUGUGUUUUAUCUGAAGUGAAAAUACUUUUUUGUUCCUCUUUGUACAUACUGUUUUGGAAACUAACGCUCCGACGAGUGUAGGCUACUAAGUUAUUAUUCAGUUAGUUGUAACUACGGUAUUUUAAGUUAAAUAGUUUUAGCCAACUUUCGAGUGAUAGCCAAAACAAAUACGGCGACUACGGAAGAAGUCUAUUUUUGUGAAUAGAACGCUUAAACUUUAGUCCUGUAUAUCAGUUGUGAGGUUGCGUAUUUUCCUGGAGUCAUUAACUCCGAAAUCUACUUUUUGAAACGCAAAAGAGGCAGUGAAAUUAGAACUAGAGACUGAACGGAGAGUACAGGCCUUAUCGGUCAAGAAAGUGUUUUAAAUCUUGUUGCGCAUGCUGCAAACUAAUUAGCAUUUUUUUAUGGUAGGCUAUGUGCUUGUGUUUUCCACGUUUUAGUGAAGCCAAAGUUGGAUAUCUGGCUUGCAAAGCUUGAGGAUUAACGAAGUUCGAGACGGAAAUUCUUGCCAUUACAUCUUCUCGUUGUUAGUCGGGACAUUGGCAUCUUAUUUCCGGGUGUACAUUGCGAAAUAAAUAGUAACGUUUGUACGUUUUUCUUAGUUGCAUUUGGUUUGAUCAAAGACUGUUGUAUCAGUUAAAAAGGAAUAUCGUUCUCACAAUGUCGACAGAAGAGGAAAGGUUUAAGAUCGUAGUGGUAGGCGGAGGAGGUGUGGGAAAGAGUGCUUUGACCAUUCAGUUCAUUCAGUCAUACUUCGUGUCUGACUAUGACCCCACCAUUGAAGACUCCUACACAAAGAUCUGCUCGGUGGACGGGAAACAGACGCGACUGGAUAUCCUGGACACGGCGGGGCAGGAGGAGUUUGGGGCGAUGCGGGAGCAGUACAUGCGCUCAGGAGAAGGCUUCCUGCUGGCGUUCGCGCUGAACGACAGAGGGAGUUACAAUGAGAUCCAGAAGUUCCACACGCAGAUUCUGAGAGUGAAGGACAGGGAUGACUACCCCAUGGUUCUGGUCGGCAACAAAGUGGACCUUGAGCCGUUAAGACAGAUACCCAAGGAGGAAGCCCAGGCCUUCGCCAGGGAGAAUCGGAUCCAUUACAUGGAGUCUUCAGCCAAGAGCCGGUACAACGUGGACGAGGCCUUCCUGCAGGUCGUGCGGGCGAUCAGGAGGUUCAAAGAGACGGAGAGCCCCCCCAUCCCCUCCAACCAGACCCGCAAGUCCAAGAACGCCAGCGGCUGCCCCUGCACCUUACUGUAAAUACCCGGGCCGCCGCGUUGCCAUGGAGACUCAGCCCCGCCAUUACCGCUCAACAUCUUGGGAGUCUUUGGAAAUGGGGGAUUGGUGGAGGAGGAGGGCGAGGGGGAGGGGGGAGGGUGGAUGUGUAAGACUGUGAUUGAUAGUCGGGAGAGAGGGAGGGAGGGGCAGCAGUGGGAGGAAUAGAACGAGGGAGGCUGAGCUCAUGGUAAAGAGAGAGAGAGAGAGAGAGAGAGAGAGAGAGAAAGAAAGGGAUGCGGAGGAGGUAACCGGGGCUUGAGUGGAAACCCUUUCAUUUAGUUUCGUUCACACUUCUUUUGUUGCAAUCUUAUUAAAUAUUAUUACUCGUGUUUACUUCACAAAGGGAAAAAAAAAGGGGUGGUGGGGGGGAGUGGGGGGAAACAUGCUAUCCAAUCACACUGAACCUAAGUGCCUAAAUGCUAGCGACACACUCUGGGUGAAACAUCAGUCAGGUGUUUGCGUGCGUGCGCGUCUGUGUGUGUGUAUGUGUGUGUGUGUUUGAGAGAGAGCAGCUUUGUACUGUGUUUUAUCAAAUCCGUAGCAUUUUCUCCACAUAAAUUAAUUUUUUUUCCCCCCCGUACGAUUAACGAAUUUUUUUCCGGGUGGCCGAGCAGGCCGGCCACUUGAAGGUCUCCAACACAAAUCACGGGUGUCCGACGUACGGGGGCCAAAGACAGGAUAUUUCUGACCAAAAUCGGCUCGAGUGUUACCACGGUUUCAAAGGUAUUGACAGCUAACAGUAGUUUGACACUAAAUGUUCCGCGACGCAAAUCAUUUUCAUGAGCUUCAGCGACAGGGGGCGGGUUGGAUGACGUCCAGUUUCUUUUGCACAGACAGGUUUAGGGCACGGGCCGUAGACAAGUUUUGUCUUAUUCGGUUGCUCAAUCCGCGACAGUGUGGUUAAAGGGGGAAGGGGGGGCAAGUUGCGCUGGACCAAUCGCGGUUCCAGAAGUAGCUCUGGACCAAUCGCGUUGUUUCUCUCUGUCUUGUGGUGUCUGUGCAGCUCAGUGUACACGAUGUGUUGGUCAGGAGCCAGAAAUACUAUGGAUCCGACUCCUGGGGGGCUGUGCACUCAAAACUAUGCAGGAACCCUGUACGCAAAUGUCUCAUUUUCAAAUUUUGUACUGCAAUAAACCAAAGAUUUUUAUUCUUA